UAAAUAUAAAUAAAAUAAUGUUGAGUAGAAGAGGAGGUAGCGACCUCUUCUCUUCUCUCGUCUGUUUGAUGCUGUGUUCUUGAGAGGGAGUGAGAGAGAGAUAUUUCCAACCUGUAAGCCUCUAUUUUUUAAAAAUUAUUUUUAUAUUUUUGUUGUUUGCCUAUCUUUGUUUGCAGAAGGCGAUAGCAGAGAAAACACUCACUGCAAAGAGCAACAACAAAGAGAAAGAAAAGGAGAGAAAGAGAGAGACAGAGAUAGAAACGACAACAGACAGAGAUAGAGAGAGAAGAAUUCACGAAGCCUUUCAAUCUCAGAUAAGAGAAAACGAUGUCUGAGAGCUUUGCACUCUCUUUCACCCUGCAACUCUAAGAGCUAACAGAGAAAGAAGUGGGUAUUGUUUGGCUGAAGACAGAAAAGAUGAUGAUGAUGAUGAUGAAUAAGAAGAAGAAGACACUGCUAAUAUGGGAAUAAUAGCAAUUUAUUGCAUCUCAUUCAAAGGGUCACAACCUUUCAAUUCAUCAAAUCUGAGACAACCCCAAUUUUGCAAAUUCUAUGUCCCAACAAGACUACCACCACCAAAGCAUCUUCAAUUUCUCGAAUGGGUUCGAGAGAGCACAGCAAGAACAGCAGAUCAGGAGAGAUAAACUGAGGGCACAAGGAUUCGAGCCGCCGCCGCCAUUGGUGGCCAUAGAAGAUGAAGUUUCCGGUGGAAUUCCGGUUUACGAGACCGCAGGGAUGCUGUCAGAAAUGUUCAAUUUCCAGGCCGGGGCCACCACCGCCGCCACACAGUUGUUAGAAAAUCAGAUAUCACAGAAUUAUGGGAACACAAGGCCGCCACCAUCGCCGCUGCCUCCACCGCCACCGUCGGUGGAGGCGAGGGUGAGCGGUGAGUGGUACCGGCAAGGGAUGGUGGUGGGUGGGGGUUUGGGACCGAUGAGUGAUUCAAAGAAUCAAAACAUUGUGAACAACCAUCAUCAUCAUCAUCAGAUUUCAAGCAUGAAUGCGGACUCAGCAGCUGCCAUGCAGCUUUUUCUGAUGAACCCACAACAACAACAACAACUACCGAGGUCGCCUCCUUCACCAUCUCAAUCUCAUCAUCAUCAUCCUCAUGAAACUUCGUCUACACUUCACAUGUUGCUUCCUAAUCCAAACCCAUCUGCGUUUCACAACAACCAAAUUGGUCUAUCGUCUUCGUCAUCGUCCCAAUUCACAUGGGUUCCCGAUGGUGGCCAUGAAAGAGGGACUGGUGGAGGUGUGGUGGAAGGCCAAGGGCUGUCGCUAUCGUUAUCGUCGUCGUUGCAGCACUUGGAAGCGGCGAAAGCUGAGGAAUUGAGGAUGGGAGAGGGUGGAAUUAUGUUCUUUAAUCAAGGAGGAGGGGCUAGUUCUGAUUAUCAGUACAAGAAUUUGGGUGGUGGUUCUGACCACCACCAGGUUCAUGUUGGAUUUGGGUCAUCUCCACUUGGAGUGGUCAAUGGUUUGAGAAAUUCAAAGUAUGUCAAGGCUGCACAAGAAUUGUUAGAAGAGUUUUGUUGUGUGGGAAGGGCUCAUUUCAAGAAGAAUAAGUUUGGAAGACAAAAUACCAACAACCCUAAUCCUAAUCCAACUAGUAGCGCCGCCGCCGCCGGCGGUGGUUCAUCUUCCUCAAAGGAUCUUGGUCCUUUGUCGGCCGCAGAUAGGAUUGACCACCAGAGAAGAAAGGUCAAACUAUUGUCCAUGCUUGAUGAGGUAGAUAGAAGAUACAACCGUUACUGUGAACAAAUGCAAAUGGUAGUAAACUCAUUUGAUUUAGUAAUGGGUUAUGGAGCAGCAAUGCCAUACACUGCCCUAGCACAGAAGGCGAUGUCGAGGCACUUCCGGUGUCUGAAAGACGCCAUAGCUGCACAAUUGAAGCAUAGUUGUGAGCUGUUGGGAGACAAAGACGCGGGCACUUCCGGAGUGACAAAAGGAGAGACUCCGCGGCUGAGACUGCUCGAGCAAAGCCUGAGACAGCAAAGAGAGUUUCAUCAAAUGCGAAUGAUUGAUCAAGAAGCUUGGAGGCCCCAAAGAGGCUUGCCUGAUCGAUCUGUCAACAUUUUGAGAGCUUGGCUUUUCGAGCACUUUCUCCACCCGUACCCAAGCGACGCAGAUAAGCAUCUCUUGUCUCGACAGACUGGCCUCUCCAGAAACCAGGUAUCAAACUGGUUCAUUAAUGCAAGGGUUCGGUUGUGGAAACCCAUGGUAGAAGACAUGUACCAACAAGAGACCAAAGAAGAAGAAGAGUCAGGAGAAGAAGAGGGACAAAUCAACCACAGCAGCAUCACUGGUGGCCUUGCGCAAACACCAACGCCUCCUCCUAUCUCCACCACCACCACCACCACCACCUCUACCUCCACAUUAUCUCCAUCAGUCAAGAGAUCCCAAAUCAAUGCACUUGACAGCGACACUUCACUCCUCGCAAUCAAUACACAAUGCUUCUCGGAAAACCAAGCAAAACAACCCAAUUUCAACACCACCAUCUCUGCCACCACCACCGCCAUAGCGCCACUGGUGGUCCAAUCGUUUACGACCUCCCACGAAGCCGAUACUUGCCGACGUGGCAGCAUGGUGGGGUCCCAUUAUCGAACUAAUACUGCUAUUGCUACUGCUACCACACUUACUGGAAAUGGUGACAUGGGAUCGACACAGAUUAGGUUUGGGCCCACCGGAGGUGACGUGUCGCUCACUUUAGGGCUUCGCCAUGCCGGAAACGUGCCAGAGAAGAGUCCUUUCUCGGUGAGAGAUUUUGGGGCUUGUUAAAUUAUAUACUAAAAUAUACCCAUAAAAAAAAGUGCUUCCGAGAAUUAAAAACAUAAUUUGGUACCUCUGAUUCACUUUGAUUAGUCCGUUUUUUUCUUUAAUGUGUUCAAUUCUAUUUUAAGAGAGAAAGAAAACUACAUCAUGAGAAAGUAGGGCAUUACGUUAGCUAGCAGUACGAGGACUGUUGUCAUUGUAUAGUACACUGUUUUUGUCUUUCUUUAUCUACUUAUAUAAUUUUUUUUUUGUACUUAA